AGAGACAGAGAGAGGAUGAUCGCAUAUGUGCAGUGCCUUUCCUCCAAGCCGGUGGUCAGCUGCUGGCACAAGGCCGCCUGCUAUGAGGACUCGGGAGGGAAGAAGGCUUUCCACACCACCUCCGAGAUGGGCAACAACCUACCAGUCCAGCCCCAUGCUUCAGGGCCCAUCCGUAGGCCCGAGGGCAGCCUGCGACGACGCCUGCUCUCCACCAAGGUCCACCAGAGACAGGACUCUCUGUGGACGCCCAAACCGGGACUGCUAGGACCCGAGACCAAGGGCUCCUUGGGACACACACACACCUACCAGGACGGCCAAGGUAGAACUUCUCGCCAAGGUAGAACUUCUCGCCAAGGUAGAACUUCUCGCCAAGCGGUGUCUAACCUGGAUGAGGAGAGCAAGUGGACGGUCCACUACACAGCCCCGUGGCACCAGCAGGAGAACGUGUUCCUGCCCGGCAGCAGACCGCCCUGCGUAGAGGACCUCCACCGCCAGGCCAAGGUCAACCUCAAGACCGCACUGAGGGAGUGUGACAAGUUAAGGAAGGGAUGGGUUCCGGCAGAGUCCCACAGCAGCCUGCAGCAGGAUGAAGGAUACACAGACAAGAAGAACAUGUUUAUAGACUCUCUGGCUCAAAGGUCAGAUUGCUGCAGUAAACAUAGUGGUGUGUGUGGGUGUUUGGGCAAUAAUGAACACAAUGCUGGAAGAGGUUUAAAGCGUUCAUACAAAGGAUGGCAGACCCAGUGGGGGCAGGUGCAACACAUACACACACACACACACACACACACACACACACACACACACACACACACACUCUUCCUCCUACAGGCUCAGGUGUGUUUCUUCAGGCUCAGUCUGAAAGCUCAUCUCUCCUCUUUCCCUCUCCUUCCCAUCUCUCUCUCUUUUAUCUCCCUUCCUCUCUACUCCUUUUCAUUCCUGUGUACCCGUCUCUUCUUUCUUUUCCUCCCUCUCACUUCUCCUCUCCUCUCCUCCAGUCCAUGGCCUCGUCAGCGGAGGAUAAGAGUCCCUGCACCCAUGAGGCCCCCAGACCCCCAGGAAGAGGAGGGGAUAGAUGAGUGUGACGGACAGGUGCGCUGCUACAAGGCCCCGACCCUCCCCACCCCUGAGGAGAAGAUGAGGAUGCAGGCUCAGGCCGUGCCCACUGACGUCAUCCCUAUCAACGUCACAGGGGCAACGUUUGACCGGCAGGCCAGCAUCCGCCGCUCCCUCAUUAACACUGACACAGUCUCCCGCCGGCCCAAGAAGGUCAAACGCAGAAAGACUAUAUCAGGGCUGCCUGACAACAUCUGCACCGAACUAGUGGCGAAAGGACGUGGGGGCGAGCUCCGGCCACAUUCCAUGUUCAUCCCGGGACAGUAUUCCACAUUGGGAAGAGUCGGGAGCGGCAACUCAUCGCUCAGACAUUCCGAGACAAGGGACUCUGGUUGCCAGACUGAGGAGGUGAAGAUCGUUCCACCGUCCAUGCGGAGAAUCCGGGCUCAACGGGGACAGGGAAUCGCAGCCCAGAUGGCCGGAAUUUCCACUUCCUCGUCUACAGGAAGCAUCUCCGUCUCCAGUAGCGACGGCUGUUCCGGAAUGCUGGUCCUACCCCCGCAUCUGAAUGUAGAUGCCCAGCGCUUCCACAGUCUUCCCAGACCCGGGCCAAGGGUGUCUCUCAGUGCUGAGCCCAUCUACAGCAGCACCCCCAUCAGGCUGGAAGACCACAAUGCACCCCAGAGGCAGAUCGGCAAACUGCAGGUGGACAACACCGUGGUGCAUCUGAGAAACGCCCCCAGGACAGGUAAUCUGAGGCCCAAGUCUCAGGAGGUGCGGGGGUCCCAGACAGGGGACUGGGGUGGUGGUCCGGCAUGUGUGGUGUCCCCCCACGCUGCCUACUCCACAUCCCUCAUCCCCAACGCCACCAUGUCCUGCUCUGCCGAGGUCGUGACCCUCCAUACAUCCUCCAGCCAGCACCCCGGGACGGCCUACCCCAUCUCCAGGCCUCUCAGUCUGGCCACGGGCACCAGCAUGGACCCCCUGAGCUCCACCUCCUUCACCCACAGGACCACCUGCCCCGCCCGGGCCACCUCCACACCAACACAUACACAUCCCCAAGACGGAGUGUUGACUGCCCCGGCAACGCCCAGCGAAUCGGGUCGCUCGGAUGGCAGCCUGCACAGCCACACAAGCACCAUCGCCGCGACGACUCCGUCCUCGGCCGACGACCAGUGGUCAAUCUAUGACACACCGGAGAACGUGGUCCUGCCCCGGCGUCCUCUGACCUCUAGCUGCUCUACUCCCAUCAACCAUCUGAACAGCAGCAUGGAGCUGUCGUCCCGCACCGACUCCAGCUCCCUGUACUCCCAGGACAACGACGGCUACUACACCUCCAUGCACCUGGACUCUGGCCUGCGCUCCAGGAGCCAUGGUAGCGGGCAGGGCCACGGGGUGGUAGCCAGCCGUACUGCCAGACACAGCAUGUAUGAGUGCCGUGAGCUGCCUAGCAACGAGGAAGAUUCUAACAGUCUUUACAGCGACCGCUCACUGUCCCGCAGCAUCUCUCUCCGCAAGGCCAAGAAGCCGCCGCUGCCCCCGGCCCGGACUGACUCCCUCCGCCGCAAGCCUGGCGCGAAGAAGCCCCUGGGUGGAGUUAGUGCAGUUAGCGUGAGUGCUAACGGAUCAGUGCUGAACGAGACACUGAUCGCUAGCCUGCAGCAGAGCCUCCAGAUGGGGUUGAGAGAUCGAAAGGGGAAGGGCGUGUCCCCAUCCUCGCCCUCCCACAGCCCGUGCAGCGACUACGAAGACCCCUGGUUGCUGCGACCACGGAGCCAGAGCAGUGUGAGCGCCACCAGCUCCGCCACGUCGCUAGCGGCUAACAACACUAAUAGUGGCGUAGUGGCUAAUGUGUACUCGCUCUGUCAUGUGACGCCAGCUCACAGCGACACCAGCAGCCUGCGCUCCGACUAUGCAGAGUCCUGGGGCUACUACAUGGAUUACCCCCGUAACCAUGGAGACCAGGGGCCGCAGUCCCCCUCCACGCACCAACAACUCCCUGCUGCUAACAUUGUAGCGGGCACACACCCGAGGGGUCUGUCGAAUGGAAGUGGGGGUCUCCACAAUCACAUCAAUAUCCAGGCCUCGGCCCCUCCAGCCCAGGAGGGAGGUGUGGCAGUCAAGCUCAAGACGGCCACCUCGUCCCCGGACAGGAUCCAUAGACUGACCUCCCCCUCCAGCGGCUACUCCAGCCAGUCCAACACCCCUACGGCCGGCACCCCCGUGCCCUCCUUCAUGCGGUCCCAUUCCCCCUCAGGACGACCCAAGCCCAAAGUGCCAGAGAGGAAGUCUUCACUCCUGUCAUCUGUUUCUAUCUCCUCCUCCUCCACCUCCCUCUCCUCAAACGCCUCUGACUCUCUCAGGAAUUCUGGCCCCCCUCCUCCUCCCCCUCCUCCCCUGCCGCCCACCUCAGCACCCAUCAGCCCCCCACCUCCUUUCCCUGCUCCUCUCCCCCCAUCCAACCUCACUUCCCCCCCUCUGCCCCUCGCACCCCCGUUACCCACAACCCCUCAGGGCACCCCCAUGAGCCCACCCCCUUACUCCACCUCUCCAGACUUCCCUCCCCCUCCUCCUCCAGAUUCCCUCAUCCACCCCAGCCUCUCCUUCAACAGGACCCUCAGUCCUCCUCCUCCUCCCCCUCCAUUCCCCUCCAUGGUCCCUUCUCCUCCACCACCUCCCCCCCUGCCUGCCCCUGCUCCACCCACAGCCUCCCCUCUCACUCUGAAGGCAGCAAAGAACGCUCUAAAACCAGCUACGGUCACAAACAGCCCUGCAGCCAAGGAGGCCAGCAAGUCCCCCAUGCCCCUGAUCACCCCAUUCGCCCUGCAGAGUGUGCACCUCCGCUCAGUCAAGCAGCCAGAGGAGCAAGUCAACGGCAAGGCGGAACAAACCAAAGCUCAGGAAACGGGGGGCAACCAGGCCUGGGCCCUCAAGCCCCAUACGCCGGAGAAGAUUAAGCAGCAGGAGCAUCCCACCAUGCUGCCCCUGAUAAACUGCACCAGUCCAGAGGAAAUCACCAAGGCCUCAUCAUCUGCUGUGAAGAAGCUCUUCGCUGAACUAUGCUCAGACUACAGUGAUUCUGAGGUGCUGCCAGGGGGCGCCAUCACCAACGCUAAACCUAAGGUACAGAGCCUGUCCAACAGCUCAGCCCAACCAGAUCAGGACGGGGAGCAGUCACCCCUCCCAAGCCUCGUGGAGGAGGCAAUCAAAAGCCCCCCAGUCAAACAGAAACCCUCAGUGGCCUCCAAGAAGCCCAAACUAUCCCUCAUCACCCCCCAGUCUGUGGUGGGAGAGGAGACCGCCCAGACUACCACCACACUGAGCCCCCCGGAUGAGUCAACCACCACAGAAGAAGACCAAGUGGACGCUAAAGUGAGAGAGGAAGAGACGAAAGAGGAGGAAAAUGAGGAGCAGGAGGAAGAUGAGAUUUCAGAGAGUUCCUCAGCCCUGACAGAGAGUAGUGAACCUUCCACCUCCACGGUGAGCCCGGAGGAGACCCAGCCUCCGGUCACCGUCACGCAGGGGACAAGCCUCGCUGAGGGGCAGGAGCGGAACAACAGAGAGGCUGAGGAGGAAGACGAGGAAGACGAGGAAGAAGAUGAGGAAGAUGGGACCAGUAGUACCACUGGAUCAGUCAGCUCUAAGGACGACGAGAGUGGUGAGGUGUUUGAUUCAAGCAGCACUCCUGAGUCUUCACCGGCCCCCAGGAUCCACAGGCGGGGGGAUAUGGUGACCCCCACACGCCCCCGAACUACCGAGGACCUCUUCGCUGCCAUCCACAGGUCCAAGCGGAAGGUCCUGGGUCGUAAGGAGUCUGAGGAGGACAAGCCGCAGGGCCACUCCCCCUGUCCGUCUCCCCCCGUCACCCCCACGGGCGCCUCCCCCAGCCUAGUAGCCUCGCUGUCCAUGGGCAGGCAGACGGGCUCCAUUCAGCGCAACCUGCGUAAGUCUGCCACCAGCAGCGACACCUUCAAGGCUCUGCUCCUGAAGAAGGGAAGCCGCUCUGAGACCAGCUUCCGAAUGUCGGCCGCCGACAUGCUGCGUUGCACAGACCCGCGCUUCCAAAGGACGCGCUCCGAGUCCUCCCUGGACCCGCCAUCCUCACCAUCGUCGCCGACAACACCACACAGCCCUUGCGCUUCCCCAGGUCGCAGCAAGAGGGCGCCAGAGGAGUGGGCCCGCAACGAGGGCCUGUCCUACUCCUCCCCAUCAUCAUCACUGAGCGGCAUGAAGUACGGGCGAUCGCGAACGCCGCCCUCUGCUGCCAGCAGCAAGUACAACGCCCGCAACCGCAUUCUGAGCAGCCCUAUGACGGUCAUCUGCGAGCGUGAGGGAGAGUUAGCUGAGAGCGCAGAGUGCGGAGACGUCCCUGACAGCCAGCCCUGCCCCUUGCCCCUCCCCCUGCUCCAGGGUUCCAACGGCACUUUAUCUGAGGAGAGCAGUGGUUAGAUAGAAGGGACCGCCCCCUGGAUACAGGGACUUGAACUCACUCAUGGUCGCCGGGGAGGGGUGGGCCCAAUGGUGGCCCCCCCACAGACUCAUGUGCCCCCUGAGCCCCACCCCUGGCUCCAACCACCCCUGGCUCCAGAUCCUGUAGAUUUUGGACCUGGUUCUGAGGAAGCGGACCUGACUGGCCCUCAGACUGACCGGACUGUUCUUAGUCUGAAGUGGAGACCGACUCAGCUGCAGCUUUUCAAGACUAAUUUUCCUCAAUCACAUUUCUGCAUUUAAUUUUGAUAACCUAUUGUUUGUGUUACAAAAAAAGUAAUCAUUGUUUUUUUCCAAAGACUGAUUUUCCCGUUUUGUUUGUUUGCUCGUUUUAAUAAAAAAAUAUUCCUGUUAGAGCUUCAGAGGUGCUGAUUGUAUUCAGGGUUGGUUCCUGUAGUUUUUAGGUUUCUCUAAGGUUAAGUGAAAAGCUAAGGUGAUAUGAAGGUAUUGAAAAGUGACAAUUGUUUUUAUUUUGGCUGCAGUGGUGCCAUUAGUUAGUCAGGCGGUGGAAUGUGGAACUUGAAGGUGUGCUAGGGGCUGGCUUAAAUGCAGUGUAUUUCUGUUCUGCUUGCUGUUCAUCUCCUGUUAUCUUGAGUCUUAACAUACCAUUGCUUGUGAGUAUGUAUGGUAAAACAAUAUAGAACAUGCGGCAAACAGUAACAGAACGGUACACCAAAUGGUUACGGGACACAGCUCCAGCUUUGGUUUUUGUCAAGUUUUCUAUCUGCUCUUUGAAGUGUGUGGUUUGCAGGGGCUGGAACUUUCAGUGGUCAAGGGGAAGUGCAGAGGGCUCGUGACUCUGCCCCAUAGGGACAGGCCGGUGAAGAGACGCACAUGGACAAUGGCUAGGUCUAUUCUACACAAGACACACAGCCAAUAUGAUGGAUUUAAUAUGGAGGUUUGGAAAACCUUGGAUUUUUGGAAUUUUAGUUUGUAGAUUUGCACUGUCCAUAUGUGUUUCCUUUUUCUUUGUUUGUGUAAUUUUAAAACCAUGUGUUUAGAAUUGUUUUAUCAUUAAGCCUGUGUUUAGGUAUCCUCCUUUUCCCUCACAUGUUUGGGAAUUAAGAAUUAAUCUUUAAAAAAGUCAAAUGAAAAAAUAUUAACUAUAAACUGUCAUUUUUAUUUGUGAUCAUUUUGGUUACCAAAGAGCUAAACAAUUAAAUGUAGCCUGCUGUUUAUGCUAAUAUGGAUACAAUCUGAAUCUGUGAUUAGCCGUACUGGACCGGACCUAUUGACCGAGGUCCAGUAUUGUGGAGUUUGAUGAGAUGACCUUCUAGGGUUUAGGAUUACCAUCACACAGUUUACGUUUCUACUAGGUUUCUCUCUCUUGCGCAGUUUUAUAUGGUUCUUUUUGUUAAAAAAAAGUUUUGAAAGACUUUGUAAUUUUUUUGAGCCCUUGUUGAAAGGGAGUGUUUUCAUUUUGUAGACUAUUUAUUUUAAAGUAGUGAGGAUGUGGUACUCCAACACCCAGCCAACCAGCAGUCAGGUACUCCAACACCCAGCCAACCAGCAGUCAGUACUCCAGCCCCAGACAACCAGCAGUCAGGUGGAGGUGAGGAAAGGUUUGGAGCAGGGAGGGAUCGGGAGGUGAGGAAAGGUUUGGGGUGGGGAGGGGAGGGAUCAGGAGGUGAGGAAAGGUUUGGGGCAGGGAGGAAUCGAGAGGUGCAGGAAUAAGUGGAGAGCCUGGACCACAGUUCACAGGCUAGGUUUACAAAGCUAGAGCAAAUAUUGUAACAUUUAUAGUGGUAUUAAAAACCUAAAGAGGUACAACAGUGGUUAACAAAAAUAUUCCACCCUGGUGCAAAAGCUCAGUAAAUCUGACCUGAUGUGUCAUAGAGGAGGUGACAAGCAUGACUCUUCCUACCCUCGUAGAGCCUGUAACAGCCCAGGUUUAAUCACCUGUGACCAAUGGGUCUCGCAGGGUUCAGACCCAGCCAUGAUUCAGAGCUCGUCUCAGUCCGGCUCAUGAUGGGAGUUUAUGAAGUCUCAAUCUCAGCUUGCUGAGGAAGGAGGAGGGGAGGAGAGGGAUGAAAUAAAGGUGGGGGAGACAGUGGAUGUAAAGGAGGCAGGCAGGCUAACCUCUUGUGUAUAUGUCUGUGUAAUAAAACAUGUUGAUAUUUAGUG